UGUUGUUAGCCCGAGUCAUUUCUGGUUUUACGAUCGAAAGUGGUGUUGUGUAUCGGUGUCCCUGCUACGAAAACUUCUCGAUGGCCUCUCAAAUACCACAAGUCGAUAUUGUUUUCCUGGCGUACAGCCCGGUUGCCGGGAAGGCCCCGUCGGUUACGCUGGAUAGCAUUUGUACGCUGAUGCGAGGUUCAUUAAAUACAUCGAUCGGGUCUUUUCGGCAGCUUGGAGCUUUUUCGAAGAGUCGAAUGCUUUUGAUGGCGUGGAACGUCAACAUCUGACGUUUGUUUGUAAACAUUACCCGGCACAAAGCACUGGAAGGGGAUGGUAAAUUUUCACGAAAUUUUGAAAUCUUUUGAUUUACUAGGUUGCAAAGACGGGACGCUUUGUUAUGCGGGGUAUCGUGUUUACAGUUAUCUCAAGGAAGAAAAGCGCAUGACAGACGUACAGUAUCACUAUGAGUGUGAGCUGCAGCUGCUCUAUUUGAUCGCGAAAAAGGAAUCGAAUGCACCGUUCGACCUGUUCAUUCCGUCGCUAACGACGGGUCAAUUGAACAUAGAACAGUUGAAGCAAUACAGAGAAGCAGUCACCCUGCCAGAUGGUGGGAAGCCAGAAAGCAUCGUAUUGUCGAUCUGCGAUCCAAGCUCUACCGUGCUACUAUAUAGAAUGACAACUGGCUUGAAGGAAAUCGGCCAGAAACUACCGUCGAAGGGUAAAUUGCUUAGGUUGAAUGUUAAAUCGGGCUGUGAUAAAGCUACGACUAUAUAAUUGUUUCAUGAAAUAACAGUGGUGGUCUGUCAUGAGAAGCAUAGUUUAACCGAGAUUGCAACCUAGACUAUACGCUAUAGUUAUAUAGCUUUAAUUGAUUCUUUAUGUUCACUAUUGUUUUAAAAAACGUUGUUAACUUUUAUAGAAAAUUAAUAAAAACAAACCUGGCAAUCAAAAU